UUCUCUGUCGCUUUCUCUUCUGUUCCCCUCCCUCCUCCUCCUCUUCAUAGAAACUCUUCAGCGCAGUCUGCAUCGCUUCAGACGCGCUCAUUGCCGCGGACCCGUCGACCGCACGCUUCACGGAAAGUUACUCUGCUGCUCCAACUUGAGUUGGUUUCACAAACUUUAUUGAGUUUCGAUACCAUGCUGGAUUAAGCUCUUUAACUUUUGUUUUACGACCAGAGAAGGUUUGCUUGAAGAGACGCGCAGGUACAAUGACCGCAUUCUGCAGAUCGGCUGAUUAGAGGGGUGAUAUCUGUUUUCUACAGAGCUGCAGUGUUAGCACUGUGAUCUGUAGGUUUGGAUAAAGAUAGUGAAGAAGACCCAAACACUUAAGAACCAUGGAUAUUGGCAAUGAUGUGGAUCUGUCCAAUAAAAACAUCACUCCAUUGUGGAAACGCCGUACAGACAAUAGUAGAAAUCCCCAGGACUCAAGCAAGCCAAAACCGCGACCUGUUAGUUACCACAUAAAUGGGGUCAUGACAACAGACCUCCCUGUGGAGGACAACAGGUCUUCCUUCACCUUGAGCCAACCUGCUGAGCGACUGGUGGUCACACCCCCAUCCUGGGGACAGAACACUGUAGUGUUGAAGCAUGUUCUGCACAAGCCCUCCAGGAAAUCCCGAGUUGUUCGAAGCAUCAGCAUUGGGCACUUCUCCAACGGACUUUUCUCAUUGUCAAAAUUUAGAUCUGAGGACAGCAGAUCCGCUUCGCUGGACAAUAGAGUGCGUAAUGGAGACAGUGACAGGGGGAAAACCAGUAAUGGAGGGACAGUAUGGCCUGAAAAACAUCUCCAGGACCCCCAAAAUCACUUGUCCAGUCCGUUCAAUCUGAGCUCACAGAAAGACCAGAUAGCAUUUGGUACAAACUCUCUCUCACCAGAAACUGCACCUCUUAACCGUUGCUCUCCUGUCCCAUCUCCACAUACUCCUAACAACAACAACAACAACUAUAAUCACAAUGAACUGUCCUCCCUUUCAUCUGCAUCCAGCCCUUCUCCUCCAACUCGGCGUACCCCCACCCCUUCCCACAGCUCCACCUCUAGCAUCCCCUCCCUUUCUUCCCUCACGUCCUCAGACCCCCCAACACCACGCUCCCCAUCACCAGCAGACAGGGGACAGGCACUGCUCAGACAGUCGUCAUCCUCGCCUGCCUCCUCACAGGACACUAGGCAUGCUUCUUCCCUUUCUUCCAUCUCCUCCACCUCACCCUCUCCUUCACUUUCCCCAUCCAUCUCUCCCUCUCCAUCCAUCGUCCUAAGCACCCACAGCCCUGCUGCCCUCAAAAUGGGCACCCAGCAGCUAAUUCCCAAGGGUUUAGUAUGCGAUACUCGGCAGAACAAGAUGCCUUCUUCUGGGCCACAAGGCCAUGGUUUGGCAGGGCUUCUGGGGUUGGAUCAUUCUAGGAGAGCAUUGAAAGCCCUCAGCAUGGUGGAAACAGGAACCUACUUUUCUACAGGAGGGGGCCUCACUGAGGCUACGGAUGGGGAAAGUGAGAGCCCGGGGACCCUCAGAAGAGGCCUGAGGAGUACGUCUUAUAGGAGAGCUGUUGUAAGUGGAGUAGACUUGGAGGUCCCUUCUGUAGAUCCAAAGGACCAUCAAUUGUCCCUGCCUAUCACCAAAGGGCCGGAUGGGAAUAAACCAGCUUCACCAGUCAGCCCAGCAAGUCCUGGCAGUGUAAGCCUCACUAGCCCUGGAACAGCCAAGCCUGCGAGCCCUGGAACACCAAAACCUGCGAGCCCUGGGACACCAAAACCUGCAAGCCCUGGGACACCCAAACUUGUCAGCCCUAGAUCAUCAAAACCUGCCAGCCCCAGGAUUUCAAAGCCAACUAGCCCUGGGACAGAAAAGCAAAGCAGCACUGGCAAAAUAAAGAGUCCAGAUAGGAAGAAAGUUUUGACCAGUCAGCGGACAUUUGACAGCGAAGAGGAGGAGCUGUACCAGAACUACCAGGAGAAGGCCUUACACAAUGACUCAGAUGAGGAUGCCGAUUCCAGAGAACCCAAACCUGAUAACGGCAUCGUGGUGCAAUACAGACCUAUACGCACCUCUUGGAGCCAGCUCAGUGUGGUAAAGAAAAGUGGUCUGUCUGACCGGAUGAGUCAGGAGGAACGCAAACGACAAGAGGCAAUUUUUGAGGUGAUCUCGUCGGAGCACUCUUAUCUACACAGUCUGGAGAUCCUGAUCCGCAUGUUCAAGAACUCUGCAGAGCUCAGCGAGGCCAUGACAAAGACCGAACACCACCACCUCUUCUCUAACAUCACUGACGUCUGUGAGGCUAGCAAAAAGUUCUUCAAGGAGCUGGAGGAAAGACACCAACAGAACAUAGUGAUCGAUGACAUCAGCGACAUUGUUUGCAAGCAUUCCCAGUCUAACUUUGAUCCCUAUGUCACGUACUGCUCCAAUGAGGUCUAUCAGCAGAGAACCCUGCAGAAGCUGGUGUCCAAGAAUCCAGCUUUUAAGGAGGUGCUGACCAGAAUAGAGGGCCACCCAGAUUGCAGGAACCUCCCCAUGAUCUCCUUCCUCAUCCUGCCCAUGCAGAGGAUCACUCGCCUGCCCCUUCUUAUGGAUACAAUCUGUCAAAAGACGCCUAAAGACUCCGCACAAUAUGAAGAGUGUAAGAAGGCUUUACAAGGAGUUAGCAAGGUGGUAAGAAAGUGUAAUGAAGGAGCUCGCACAAUGGAACGAACCGAGAUGAUGUACACCAUCAACUCUCAGCUGGAGUUCAAGAUCAAGCCUUUCCCACUGGUCUCAUCCUCCAGGUGGAUGGUAAAGAGAGGAGAGCUGACUGCGUUUGUGGAGGACAACGGCAUCUUCCUCAAACGCAUGUCACGGCAACAGGUCUAUUUCUUCCUCUUCAAUGAUGUCUUCAUCGUCACCAGGAAGAAGAGCGAGGAGAGUUACACUGUGAUAGACUACGCUCUGAGGGACCAGAUCUGGGUGGGCCCGUGCCAGCCAGAAGAUCUCAACCUGUCACCGGUCCGAAGCACCGCCAGCAUGCUGAGCUCACGGCAAGCCGGCGCCAACCAUCUUUUCCGUCUGCGUUUCCGUAGCAACCACUCUGGUGAAAAGGUGCCCAUGAUCCUGGGGACGGAGUUGCUGAAUGAGCGUGCUCGAUGGAUCAGUGCUCUGGGACAGAAUGUCAACAACAAGAAGUCUCAGGACAGAAGCAACGCCAUGCAGGUGGAGGUGAUCAGAACUUACACUGCCAAGCAGCCGGAUGAGUUGUCUCUGCAGGUGGCUGACGUAGUGCUGGUCUCACAGACUGUAGAAGACGGCUGGUAUGAAGGUGAUCGUCUGCGAGACGGAGAGAGGGGCUGGUUCCUCUCCGAGUGUGCCCAACCGAUCACGUGCCAGGCCACGAUCGAGCGCAACAUGCAGAGGAUGGACCGGCUGCAGGGUUUGGAGACUAAUGUGUGAGAAGGACGAGCCGCUUGCUUCAACCACAAAGGGCUCAGCUGUUAAAGAGACCCUUGGACACACCAGUGACCCAGACAAAUGAGUUCAGUAACAGCAUCAGUGACCUGGCUUCAGGGCUGUGUGGCUGCAGUGGGAUAAAUAUGAAGACUUCUUCUCAGCAUCCACUGAAUCAGGCAUACUGUCUGAGAUUCAAAGCAAAGACUGUGCAGAAGUGGAAGAAACAGAGACUUCCCUAAUUACUGGUCGGUCCCUGUGUGGGUGCGAGGACUCAAAAGUGGGAUCUGUCACAUUCAUUAAUUCUCCGUAUGAUUAGAAAACUUCACGCCCACCAUGAGAGUCUCUGCUUUCAGCAUCCUGCUACAUAACAACUGCUUGCGUGGACAUUUUUAUUCUUUCAAACAUAUUUUAUUUGAGUGUAAGUGAUGUGCAAUGUAAUCACUGAGACUACAGUACCGCUAUAGGAGGUAAAGUAGACCAAAUAGUGUGACGAUGACAGCAGCCUGAAGUGUGCUCUGUUAAUGAGGCUCAGGCCACGUGACUAUGUGCUUCCCCAGUAACAGCGUAACCAUGAAGAUGCUGAUUGUGAAAGUGAUAAUAAGGCAAUGGGGGUGAGAUUGGCAGCUUCUUUAGUGUGUGGGUUAGCGUAGAAACUUGUAUGAGUUGCAUCUGAUGGCAAGUGAAACUAUUAUCGUGAUAUUUACAAGAAAACACAAUAGAGCUAAGAAAAGAAGGAAAAAAACAAAACAAUGCUACUUGUCUGAGACAGGUGGCACUUUGUGUAAAUAGGCUAAGUCAUAAUUAAUUGGGAAAUAUAAAGAAUUUGUCAUAUGGGAGGUCUAAUUUUAAGUCCUCAAUGGGCUAAGCAGGGCCAAGUGUCUUUUUUUUUCUGCCUUGCUGUUUGUUCCCAGUUAAUGUCAACACCAUGAAUCAGACUCCACAUUUGUGUCACAAAUGCCAUUUUUCUCUCUAAGCACUCAAUUAUUUCAGACAGUUUGAAAUAUCACGCACACUUGAUGCCAGCCAGAGGUAUAUAUAUAUAUAAAUACCCCCCUCAGGAUUUAGAUCUGAUAUUACAGAGGCAAGCUGAAAAUUCAUUUGUGUGUGUGUGUGUGCUGGCAAUGGUGAGACCGGAAGGGAAAAAACAGCCCUUUCUUUUAAUGUGAUUGUCCAGUGUGAGUCAUCUUUUUAGUGUCGGCCAUGCCUGGCCAAAGGAAAUAAAUGGCUUGGUCAAGAGUGCGCUGAUAACACCAUCUAUCAAGGCCACUUCUCUGGCCCCAACCCAGAUGACGACCACGACUGUCGAGCUACACGGAGUAAGGAGGUAUGACGGUAGCAGGCAAGAGCAGCCGACACGACGGACACGAGUAUCCCGACGAAGCUUUGCACUUGCACUCAGGGAAAUUAGUUAAGCGAUACCACCUAUCUAAGCAUGAGCUGAUCUUUAUUUCAAUCACAUCCUGUACUUUUGUAACUAUUGUAAAUCUUUUGUGUACAUGUAAAUAUGUAAAAGAGCCUGAAUUGUAACAUGUAUGUUUUCCAAAAAAUACAGAUUUAUAUUGCAGAAAUGUGUUUAAGUCAACCCUUAUAUAUUUUAUUCAGUCAAUAUAAAUAAAAGCUUUAACUGCU